GUCAAAGCGCGAGACUUCGCAGAGCAGCAGAGAAUCGGACGGAGCGAACUGCACGCGUUGUGUCCAUGGACUACAGGAAUAUCUCGUUUCUUGUCACCAACGUUUCUGCGUUUGUUGCUAUAGACUUUUACCGAUUACUGCCACUUACCUCCCUUCUAAACCCUAAACAGGGUUUGUCUCUUGUUUUUCUUGUCAGGCUUGUAAUUCAUUAGGUAAGUUAGUGUUGGUGGACCUCCUCACCGUUGCUUCAGGACUGGGACAUCAUGUUUGCGUAAAUAUUUUGGAUAUUAGAUGAGCGAAAAGUUCUGGACUUCUCAUUCUGGACAUCAGAGGCGUGUUCUUCACCAGAAAGUACGACACGACUUAAAACACUUUUGUCCGCCGAAGGACUUAAUUAUUUGAAACGAGUGGAUGUUCAUUUUCACAACGGGAGUAAAAAUACAACUCCAGGUCUUUGAUAGAAAUGCUAAUGCUGCGGUUUAUGGAGAAACAUUUCUGAAAAAUCACCCGCAGUGGACCUGGCGCCCCUCAUCAGUCUGCGUGCGCUUCAAAACAUUUAACUUCACCACAUGUACAAUCAUAAUAUUGUUCGAAAUUCAUCCUGAAUCAGAUUCAUGCAUUGACCUUAUGGCUUUGCCUUCUCAAAUUUGAUCAUACUUGGGACUUUCAGUUGAGGUCGUUGACUCAUUUGAAUGGAACAAAGGAGGUUGAUGUUUCAGAAUCUGCUUUCUUUUACAAACAUUCAGAGAUUUGUGCUCCGAGUCUUUCAGAUGUGGAUGUUGCGGUCACACCAUCUCCUCAAGCGCAGAGGGAUCUAGUGAAGUUCAGCCCUCCACCAGUCUUUUGUUUCUGUUAGGUCCCGUUCAUUUGUCUUGUAGGAGGAACAUGGGAGUCCAGACGAGGGGAGCCUGGGUGGCUAUGGCGUUCUCGGACUGGGUCAGUGGAUUGGGAAUUCUCUUAAUCUUCCUGAUGGAGAGUUUGGCGGUGGAUGCGACCAACAUGGAGCCAGUCUACUGGAACUCUUUAAACAGAAGGUUUGGAGAUGAGAGGGGCUACAUACUCUACCCUCAAAUAGGGGAUCGUCUGGACCUAGUUUGUCCUGCCACGAGUCCAUCGGGGCCCAACUCUCCCCCUGAGUAUGAGUAUUAUAAACUGUACCUGGUGUCCUCACGAGAGCAGGCCGACAGGUGUGAGGUGAUGGGCUCCCCAAACCUGUUGCUCACCUGUGACAAACCCAACAGCGAUAUGAGGUUUACCAUCAAGUUCCAGGAGUAUUCGCCCAACCUGUGGGGUCACGAAUUCAAGAACUUACGAGACUAUUACAUCAUAGCUACCUCUGACGGUACAAAAGAAGGGAUCGACAGCAUGAGAGGAGGCGUUUGCGUGACACGAGGGAUGAAGCUGGUUCUCAAAGUGGGACAGACUGCAUAUGGCCUUCCCCCAAAGCCUAAACCUGAUCCAGGCCGUCCCAGCAACAAAAUCCCAGAUACAGAAACUGGCUCUAAACCAGGUGAUGGAGGUGAGGCCGGUGAGAGGGGAGACAGCGGCGCAGUGUCCGUCUCGAACAUCGCCCUAAUCGCCGGCGGUGCCGGAGGAGCCUUCAUCCUUUUAAUCGCAGUAGUGAUCGCGGUAGUGUGUUUUCGGCGAAGGAAAGCCAAGCACUCCGAAACUCACCACCCUGCUCUUACACUCUCAUCUCUCACCCCAAAACGAGGCAGCUCUUGCGGGGCGGCUACAGGGGGCGGCGGAGGCAACAAUAAUGGCUCGGAGCCUAGUGAUAUCAUCAUUCCUCUGCGGACCUCUGAUUCGGCAUACUGCCCCCAUUACGAAAAAGUCAGCGGCGAUUACGGACACCCCGUUUACAUCGUUCAAGAGAUGCCCCCUCAGAGCCCAGCCAAUAUUUACUACAAAGUAUGAGAUCAGCGAACACACAAUCCAUCCUGAAUUUAUGGUACCUCACACACACGGUGUGUCCAAGUGACUCUAUAUAUAAGAGCCUAUACGCGAUACUAGAACCUGGACCUGAAGUUGAGUUCUAGAAAAGUGGUAAAUCCAGUUUUUAUGUCAUAGCAGUGUUUGCGUUUAUUUACACGUGUGUGUGUGUGUGUCUGUGUGUGACGCGAGGUGGGCGAAUCACGGAUUUCACAUGUACUCAGGUGCAAGUGAAUGUACGUCACGCUUGUUGGAGAUGAGUUUAUGCGUCUGUUCUGAUGAUUGAAAGUGAAUUAUUGUGCUUAUCCUCAAAACCAAACAGUAGAGAGUGAAUCAUACUUUAAAAAAAGAAUACCUGUAUAAAUGAUAUAAGAAGUACUUCUUACAUUUUUACACUCUGGGGGGAAAUUUACUAAGAAAGUGCACUGGCUGGUUGCGUUGUUUAUUUGCACAUGCAGUCCAAAGGAAAUCCGGCAACAAUAAAACCACUCAAAAGAUCUAAACACAGUCUCCACGCCCCAAUUGACCCUUCGCAGACAGCUUGAUUGACAGGCGAUCUGACCAAUCGGAACGCCAAAUCCGCCAUUUUGUCUGACAAACAAAUCAGACAAGAGAGUAGAUUGUGUGUAUUGACGUCUUUCUGCGGUUGAAAUAAAAUACGUUCUGAUAUUCAUUCAUGAAGAGUCUAAUAAGGCAAUACAGUGAUCUGUCACAACACAUUAAAGAGCCAGAAAAUGGCAUUUGUUUAAAUUUAUUAAAAAAUGACAACAUUUUAAAGCUGAGACCUUGUUUCAUACCAGAAUUAACAUGCUCUGUCUUGUCUUUCAGCGUGUUGUCAAUUUCCUCUUUGCUCCGCAAUGCAUUUUUCACUGCGUGAGAACGUGAUAUGUAGUGUCAGAGUGGCAUUGUUUGUCUGACAUAGCAACAGUAACUAGGGAGGGCGGAUUUUCGCGAAGGUCAGUUCCCCAUUUUACUGAAUUGCAGACUAGCACAAUCUGGCGUACUUUACUGGAACUGUGCAGUAUCACUAAGAUUCAGACAACCGACUGACUCUGAAAUGACAAAAAUGGCUUCCAUUUAACUUUUCCUUCCUCAUUUGAUGAAUUAAUGCUGCCAUUAUUAAUAUAAACUACACAAACGUCUUUUUUUUUUUUUUUUUGAAGGGGUCAUCGGAUGCAAAACUCAGAUGUUGAUUAAAAAUAAAUGUGUGUUGGCAGUGUGUGUAUACAACCACCCUUUUAUGACAAAAAUCCACCCAGUGUUUUUUUUUUUUAUUAUUAUUAUUUUUAUGGGCUUUUUAUGCCUUUUUUAUUAUGAUAGGACAGAAAAGCACUGAGAGGAGAGAGGGGAGCGGGAUCGGCAAAGAACCUCGAGAUGGGAAUUGAACUCGGGUUGCCGUGAGCGCAGUUGCGCUAUAUGUCGAUGCAUUAAUCACGAGGUGAUUUUUGGUGCCUACCCCAGUGGUAUUUUUGCACCUUUUUCAAGCCAUUCUCAGCUUCUUGUCGCUCCCACGAUAGUUGAUUGACAUGACCGUCUUAGUCUUAGCCCGAGUGAGCUGUGAACAGUCCGACUUCAACCGCCACUGUUUCGACGCCAGUGCAGGGAGGGACAAGAAUGUCUCCGAUUGAGGUGUUCUGUUGUUGGAUGUAAUAAUGAACAUAGCAGUCAUCAUUUACUCCUGACAUUUGAGCCACUGAAGACGCAGAAGAUUAACAUUAAUUUAGUUUUUGAAGAAAAUGCGCCGAUCCCCUGUCUACAUAAAUGCAUCUGUGUUCACGCGAAUAAUUCAGGAUGCAGCUUUACCUACAGCAGAAGCAAGUAUAAGGGCUUUUUAUGCAUCUUUGCAAAUCACCUUUCUUAAUAAUGUGCUAGUUAAUAAGUUUUGCAGCUAAAUGCGGCUAAAGUAAACAGACUGGUUCGUCACCCCACGGAAGAGAGGGGUGGGGUGAGAAGAGCUCAUUAGCAUUUAAAGGAACAUGCAACAGAAUGGCUUGCUCUUUUUUUUUUUUUUUUUUUUUU